AUGACUUCAUGUCGAGAUAUUGUGCUAACCGGCAGUACGGCUUCUAACCAAUACUCGAGAUGGAACAAUAUAUGCCGGACGUGCUUGCAGACGGGCGAAUGUCGUUCCAUUUUCGAGCUGGACGAAUGUUCUGCGCUUUCGUACGCGGACAAAGUGAUGCACUGUGCGGGUGUGGUUAUACACGAUCACGACAAUCUUCCCAACCGUAUCUGUACGCAGUGCAUACAUGAUCUGAACGUGGCGUACCGUUUUCGGUUGAAUUGUCUAGAAACGAAUGCAUUGCUGCAAGGAACCACAAAUUUGGAACGUUUUGAGGAAACGCCGAAGGUGGAGGUACCAUCCUCACCGGAUGACGGUCGUGACCAGAUUGCGAUCCAUAUGGAUUCCGGUGUGAUAUAUACGUACAAACCACCGGUUGGUUUGAAUGUAAAGUUGACCCAUCCGAGCUUGGACAAUGGUUCGGAGAGUGCUGCUUCAAACGGUGCAAGUAUGAUGAUUAUGAUGGAGGAUUCGCACGAAGAAGAAAAUAUGCUGCUACCCAUCGAUACGAUGAUACCGGAUGCAAAAGAUGAUGAAAUUGAGUACUAUAUUUAUUUAAAAGAUGGUGAUGAUGAUGAUGGAUCGAAAGCUGUAACGCCGAAAACGAAAGGAAAUGCUGCAUUAAUAAAACCUACCACACGCCUGCAAACCACGUCUCCGACCAUCGUCAACAGUCAAAACAAUUCCACCGAACAGAAACGCGUAAAAACGUUGCAAACCAUCCGCAAAACAAAUCGACCGAACGAGAUGAAACCUACAAUCGAAACGGUUACGACACAGCCGGCCACCGACGGUACCGGCGCUAUGGAGACGGUGAUACGCGUGAAGCGCAAUCUUGCCGGCCCAAAACCAUCGUUCUAUUGCAAAAUCUGUGAUGUGACGUACAAACACAAGCAUGCGCUCGAUACGCACAUGCGGCGACAUCAGGGUGAUCGGCCGUACAAAUGUGAACACUGCGAUAAAUCGUUCGUAGUGCCAUUUGAAUUGCAACGACACGCACGCAUUCACACCGGACAAAAACCGUACAAGUGCCGGUACUGCGAUCGUGCAUAUUCGGACUUUGGUAGCAAAACCAAACACGAACGUACACAUACGGGUGAAAGACCGUACGUGUGUGAUUACUGUGGCAAAUCGUUUUCUUACUCACACGUGCUGAACAGUCACCGGUUGACUCAUACUGGUGUGAAAAAAUUUGGCUGUACAAUUUGUGGGCGACGGUUUGCCAAGUCACACCACUUAAAGUCACACCGUAACACACACCGAACGCAAUCGCUUGUUGCGACCGUAACAGCGACGAAUGAGGAUGCCGAUGCGCUUCACCGAGAAAACAACAACAUCAAGCAGGAAACGACGGAUGUCAUAUAUACGGCCCUGUUGCAGGAUGAGUUGAUUGCAACGGGCAAUAUAAUUCCAAUGACUGAAAGUACCCCACUGCUGGUAGGACACCACCGACCGGUCGUCAGUGGUGAGCUGGUCGAUGCUUAUCCAGAUAACGGUGCCGUUCUGAUACCAACCGACUGGACAAUAGUAGAGGAUGCGAAGGGUGAACGGCACACGGACCCUUCCGUGGUAAUAAGUACAGCGGACGAAUUGGAAAAUGCAUCUAUUGUUAACUUCAAUGAUUACAUGAUGAAAACAUCCGAUUUGGACGGAUUCUUGACAGAGGAGGAGGACACAGCAGACCUCGGCGUUGCGUUGGUCGACCGGCAAAUGAUGAGCAGAUGA